AUGAGUAUUCUAAUCACUCAAUGCUUAGAUGAAUAGAUCCUUGGGAAGCUCAAAAUUAUGGAUCUUGCACCCAACAGAGAGGGAAUGGUCAAAAGCAUUGUCGACUCCUUCCUAGAUAGGAAGGAAUAGUGUGAUCACAGAGAAACUUAGGGAAAAACUUAGAAUUCUGACUGGAUUUCCAUAUUAGACACCUCUCUUCAUUUAAAAACCCCAGACUCAAGAUAAAACUUAUCAUGUUCACCUUGA